GGCAAUGACGUCACCGGAAAACACAUCCAAACAUUUUUUGACAAGACUAGAAACCUGGCUUAAUUUGAGUAAUAUCUAUUGAUUGAUUCAAACAAAUAAUAUCACAAUGUCAGAUUCAGAAGAUGAUACGCCUGACAAACAACUCAAGAUAAUUAUAAUGGGCGAUGGUGCAUCAGGAAAAACUUCCAUCGCCACUCGUUAUUCACAAGAGCAAUUUGGUAAACAAUACAAACAAACAUUAGGAUUGGAUUUUUUCUUAAAAAGAAUUGUGUUGCCAGGAAACAUUAAUGUGGCCUUACAGGUAUGGGAUAUUGGAGGUCAAACUUUGGGAGGUGCAAUGUUAGAUAAAUACAUAUAUGGAGCAAAUGGGAUACUUCUAGUCUAUGAUAUCACCAAUUACUCUAGUUUUGAGAACUUGGAUGACUGGAUCACUCAAGUGAAAAGUGUUUGUAAAAGUGAAGAGAAACCUCCACAUAUGGCCCUUGUAGGAAACAAAGUUGACUUGGAGCACAUGCGCACUGUUAAGAUGGAUAAACAUCAGAAGUUUGCUCAAGAACAUAACAUGUCAUCUCAUUUUGUAUCAGCUAAAACAGGAGAUUCGGUGAGCCUAUGUUUCCAGAAGGUUGCUGCUGAAAUCUUGGGGAUCAAACUGACCAGACCAGAGUUGGAGCAGCAUCAGCGUGUAGUUAAAGCAGAGAUAGUUCAAUAUAACCAGAGUGAUGUUCCACCUAAACAACCAGUAACAAAUCAGACUAAGAAAAGUGCUAUGUGUUCCUUACAGUGAAGAGGGGGAAUACCCCAGAAUUCCUUGAUGAAACUAUAUCCUCUGUUGGUACAUAUCUACAUAGAGGUUCAUUAGGAAUUGUGGGGUAAUUCCUUGUCUUCUUAUAGUAAGACUAUAUUUGAUGUGGAAUAUAAGAUCUGAUAUCAGAUCACAGUGCCGUCCUUAGGGGUCAUCUAAAAACUUCUGCACAAAAUUCUCCAUUCAAUCUGUUUACUGCUUGACCACCCACCGACCAUUGUUAACAAAUUAGACUAUUUGGAAAAGUGAAUUGGUUUUGUAGAAUUUCCUGUGAAACAUAUAUGAAGGAGUCAUGAAGUUACAUAUCUCAGAUCUGGGUGAAAUGGGAGAGAUAUUAUAAACAUAUGUAUGUCUUUAAAAACUAUUCAGUAUAAGUGACAACCAAGAAUGUGAAUAUCUAGCCCAAAAUGGUGAACAAUGCUGACCUGGUCCCUGAAAAACAUUAUUCAAACUACCGAUAUUAUCCUAAACAUUUUGC